UCCAAAAAUGUGCACGUCUGGUGAACGGCCAUGCUAAAUUGUGUUAGGUGCAUUAGUCAGGGUAAAGAUAGGGUAAGGGAUUGGGUCUGAAGUGGGUUACUCUUCGGAGGGUCUUGUUGGGACUUAUUGGGCCGAAGGGCCUGUUUCCCUACUGUAGAAAUUCUAAUCUAAUCUUAGGGUUACAUCCGUAACGUCGACUUCUCUACUUCCUGAAGCUGUCGAGCUUGCUGUGUUCUUCCAGCCUCCUGCUUGUCUACCUAUUUCCUAUGUUCUUCGCUCUGAAGAAGACGGUGAAUUCGCUCGCAGUUUGGACAUGAUCGAAGACCGAGGUGCCCCGCAACAGGUAGGUUAGACACGUGCGCCUCGGCGCUGGGUCCUGCCGGCGCGUUUGGGGCAGCCACGUGCAAGUGCCCUAUCGGUUGCAUGGGGUUUGCGCUCAGGCAGUGCGGCGGGCAGGAGGCGGAGGCGGGGAAGGGUCCUUGCGGUGGAUCUCUCCGGAACGUUUUCCGUCGGUUCCGGGCUUUCCACAUCCACGUCAUGUUCGUCGGCGUGCGGGCUCUGGCCGAUUACGCUGGUCGUCGCUGUCCUCCGGAGCCCGCCGCUCGCUCACGCGCCGGAAAGUCUUCGUGCGUCGGCGAGCCGGGCAACUGAGAAGAUGUCGGGGCCUGUGGAUCCGGACGAGCCUUACGAUUUCCUCUUCAAGAUCGUUCUGAUUGGAGACGCCGGCGUCGGCAAGACCUGCGUCGUGCAGCGGUUCAAGUCGGGCAUUUUCGUGGAGAAGCAAGGCAACACGAUCGGGGUGGACUUUACAAUGAAAACCUUAGAAAUUCAAGGCAAGCGGGUGAAAUUGCAGAUAUGGGACACAGCUGGACAAGAACGUUUUAGGACAAUUACACAGAGUUAUUAUCGAAGUGCUAAUGGUGCGAUUGUUGCUUAUGACAUUAGCAAAAGGGGAUCUUUUGAAUCUGUGCCUCGGUGGAUAGAAGAUGUGAAGAAGUAUGCGGGUUCAAACAUUGUGCAAUUAUUAAUUGGUAAUAAGUCCGAUAAGAAUCAUGUCCGGGAGGUUCAAUAUGAAGAAGCCAAAACUCUUGCAGUUCACUAUGAUAUGGCAUCUGUACUAGAGACGUCUGCCAAAGAUUCCAGCAACGUGGAAGAAGCUUUUAUAAAAAUGGCCACAGAGCUAAUGCUGAGACAUGCUGGGCCUAUGUUCACUGAAAAAGCAAGCGAAAGUAUCAAAUUAAACAGCAAAGAUGUCGGUGAAGGAUGGGGAUGUAGUUGCUGACUUUGCAGGUUAAUUUUAUUAGCUUUUGCAUCAUCUCGUCUUAAGGUAGACUGAUCAAUCACAAAUGUGGUUUAAGUCACUUGGCUUGGCCUAAGUUAUGUUUGUGAUGAGUUUGUGCACAGAAUCUGUGCAGACUGUUGUGAACCGUAUCCAUUCCUCCAAUUUGAAAAUGAUGACAGUAAACCUGUUCUUGCGGGUCAUGAAAUCUUGACAUUCCAGGUUCCUUGACAUUCCAAUAAGAAUCAUAGUAGUCACAUUGCCUUAACUACUGAUAUUGAAGAACUCUGUUUCUCUAACAACCCUUUUCUUAUUAAAUUUAUGACUGAACAGAGUAUUUUGCAGAGAAGACAUGAUCAUUUCAAAAAUGGAAGUAAUAAGUUGAAAUUGGGGAUGAUACGUAGGACUGCUUUUUUUGAUUAAAAAUGAUUCUUAUAGUAGGGAAGAGUGGAAGUAAUGAAUAAUUAGCUAGUUUUCUUCUGCAUAUCCAUGGUUGCCUUACAAAUUAAAUUCAUGCAUUCCAACCACUUUUUUUUUAGUCUCACUAUAUAUUUUCAGAAUCCUGGAGGUCCUACGUAUUGCUCUUUAAAAUCUGAGUUCAUACGUUACUUUGGGGUAUAGAGUAUUUGACUUAUUUCAAUAGUUGAUGAUUUAAACUGAAACUUGAAUCAAAUGCAUACAUGUAGUAAUUAAUCUUGAAGGUGAAUGUGCCGUAUUGCUUUUCUGUAGUGGUCCACAACUGUUCCAGGUAUAAGACAAUUCUCACUGGUAAUUGGUCAAAAUGCUGACCGUUCAGAAAAUACAUUGGUUAGCCUAGCAACAGAUAAUUACAACUCUGGGGGUUGUUUGGUAAUUUACAGCUAGGAUCAAUACCAGCCUUAUUAUUGAUUCAAAGUACAUAGCCUGUUUUGGUGAGAACAAAGCAUCUGACAGCAAGCAGUACCAUUGUGAUAUUUGCGCUGUAUUUGCAAAAUGCUGGCAGGGAAAAUCUAUCCUAGAAAAUGCAUUGUGCACUUUACUUUUUUAAAAGAAAAAGCAGGGUCCAGAAUAACAACAGCAUAAACUGGUUAUGAAGUUGUUUCUCAGUAAUAGUGAUUAUUGGAGAAUAGACUGUAUUACCUAACACGCUCCCAGAGCUAGCAUUGAUUUCAUUGAAACCAACAGCACUACUUUGUGACAUUAUUCAUUUUAGAUCAACACCAACACUUCAAUAUUCAAACUAAAAAAAUUGAAUAAACCAGAACAUUUUGGUCAUUCUUAUUUACAAGAUGUAGGGUUGGAUGUAGUUAACACAAUGUUAUUUUAUGGAAGGGGACUAAAGAAAACGUUUGUGUUUUGGAUGAAAUAAUGAAUGAAGUGCAUCUAUUUUAAUAACCAGGUAAGGGGAUAGUGCCUACAGUAUGUAAAUCUGUACAGAAGACUUUUGCACAUUUUGCUUUACUAAAAUCUAGUGUAUUAAUUCCA